CUUUUUCAAAGUUUGAUAGGAAUUUGCCAAAGCAAUCUAGAUGUUUUCCUGAGUUUUAUAGACUCCCACUUUUGGAACAACCAACAAAGUUCUGGAAAGGGUUUAGUAGGAAAACUAAUUUUAGAGCAUCAAUCAAUUUCCAGAGCUUUGAAUGCUUUUUACAAAGCCGAUUCGGGAGCCUGAGAGAACUGGAGUUCUCACAAAUCCAUAUUUCUUUGAAAAGGCCAAAAUUUUUGUUAGGAUUUAUGUCGUUUCAAUAGGCACUUCCUAGUUCCACAGACAACUGGCUGCAUUCAGUUUUUCUUGUUUUUGUGGUUAUGUUUUGACAUUUGUGUAAUUUAAAAUUUAACUGUCAGAAUGUAAAUAAACAAAUUUGGGAUUUGAACAAAAUGGAUUGUAAUUUAGACAGUAUUUACGAUUUAAUAACAAAAUUAUGCGAAAAGUACGCCUCCUUAAACCAAAAUUCAGGUCGCUCAGGCGAAAAUAUCAAGAAGCUGCGCAAAAAAUGCUACGAAAUAUUGCUUUCGAGAAAUACCAGCUCGGUUGACUCGUUGGAAUUGGAAGGCAAUAAUGAUCCAGUGUGCCACUUACUUGCGUGGGAAUACAUUUUAAAGUCCGACUAUAGUUUAACAGAUCAAGCUAGAAAAAUUAGGAAUUGUUGCGAGAAAUUGGAAAAUCUAAAUGUAUUUGAUGAUCAAGUAAAUUGUAACAUUAUGAUGUGCUUAUUGCACCUCAGAUCCGUACCAAAAGGAGAUGAUUCGAUAAUGGAGAAGAGUCUCAAUCGUGAGUUGGAAGGCAAAUUUAGCAAACCUUUGCUAUUCCCAGCGUUUGAUAAUAGUAAAUUUCAUCUUAGCGACGACGAGCUUUUGUAUGGGAUCCCGGGUUAUGAUAGUGACAUGUUUAAAAUGGGUAAUCGAAGGGUAGUGUAUAGGACAUCACAUCAUAAGAGUGCCAAUGACUUCAUAAGCCACAAAAAAGUACAGGAAGCUAUAAAAUGUGCCGAGGAGAUGAAUGUUUCUGACCAAAAUUUAAACAUCUGGGAGGUGGCGUCCAGGAGCCCUCCUAGUGCUCAACGAACAUGGGAGGAAUUCGGAUAUUCGUGCACUAAAAGGGAGUUUCCCUUCUUAUGCGAGUCCAUUCCUGAAACGACCGCAUGGGUCUGUAAGUUGUCCUCACAGGUGGAAAGGUGGGGCACCCCGAAACCGGACGCGCGGAACGUUUUAACCUCGCAGAGAUUCGUGCGAGAUAUUAAAUACUUAUUAGUCGGCAUCGAAGCAAAAAGCUUUCUUGUUAAGGCCGAUGGGGAAAUGAUGAUUAAGCCUGGGAUAUCCGUUGAGGGGCUAAGUCCAGGUGCCUUGAAGUCGUAUUCUGAUGAUCUCGUGUUUUGCAGUAGGUGCUAUAAAGGUUUAGAUGCUCUGUGUUCGCAAAAUCCCUUCACUUUAAAGGAGACGAAUAAUGGUUACAUAUUUUUUGAGCUUUGUGAAAGCAUAAAGCGCUAUUUGUCAUACUACCGACUGGCCAUUUUGUCUAUUCCCAACUCAUUCAAUUUACUUAUGCUGCACCAACAUACGAGGCAGUUAAGAAAGUACGUAACCGCAUUAGCUUCGAUUUGUAAGGUCGGCCCAUAUAAAAAAUCCAUGACUAUUCCACAUGGGGUCGCCUUACUCAAUUAUCUCUUCCAGCAGGUUAUGAGUCUUACAGAUACGAAUCUCAUAAUGGUACUUUACUCGAUACUCUAUCCUUGUUGUCAGGUUUACUUCAGUCGAUUUUUGCAACAGUGGCUUUUGCACGGCUCUAUACACGACCCGUAUGGAGAAUUUUUUAUAAAUGUGCAUCCAAAGUAUAUUACAACAAGAGGUCGCACGUACUGGACUCGAAGUUACACUUUAAGACACGAUAUCGUACCUGAUUUCAUCGAAAACUUAACUACAGACGUUUUACUGUGUGGAAAAGCGAUGAAUUUGUUGAAACUCUGCGUGCCUAAUUCUCCGCUGUGCAUGUAUAUAAUGGAGAAACGGCCGGAAAUUAUCAGCUGCUGUUUAAUGGCCGACCAGCUUUCCGUAGCUGAACGCAACAAUUACUCGUAUUACUUGGAGGCCACGGCGGUUUGCGGCCCUCGAGUCUCCCUAUCGCAAGUGAUUAAUCUCUCUCGCGAGAAAAAUCACACUUAUCUCAACUUGAUCGCGAAGAAACGCGUCGCGACUUUGAGCAGAAUCGAGCUUGAGAGACGGCAAGAGUCUGAGAAAGAAAUUGAAAGGCGUCAGUCCGAGAUGAAAGUGUUGCAGGACGAGUAUACGGAGGCGAUGCGUGAGAAACAGACGAAACGCGCCGACGAACUCGACGCGAACAUGAAAAUGCUACGUCAGAAUAUUUGGAUAGAGAAUUUGUAUAAUAAAAUUAUCGAGGAGGAAUCUAAUGAUCUAAUCCAGUAUUAUAACAAAUUAUAUGAAGCAUCUGAAGUUAGACGAUUACACUUUGAAAAACGUUCGCAAAACUUGCGAAAAAUAUUAGAUCUCGGUAAUCCGCCCGCUCCCAAAUGCGAAAAGGUCGAGGUAGAAGACACAUUGGAGGAGAAAAGUACGCCCGACGACAGCGACACCUACCUCUCCACGCACGAAGAAGUCGCGGAAUCGUCUAGCGACUACGUUCUGGCGAGAAGCGAUGGUUCCUUGCUUGAACCCAAUUUAAACGACAUAAAUGCAAAUUCUGUUCAAACCUCCGAACCUAAAGAGGCAGAAGAAACGAAUACAGUCAAAAGCAUUGCGAACGAAAAUUUUGAAAUCGCCAAACGAAAUAAAGCAAAAGUAAUGGCUGUCGAAAUGAAUAUAAUUACAGGACCCCUGCUGCCGGAGAAGAAGACGAUCGAAAGCGGAACUACGCAAUUAACCGAGGCCCAAAGAAACAAGUUAAAAGUGUUGUCGUCCGAGUUCGGUAUAGAGCUUCCGACAGUUAACAAUCGUAAUAUAAGUGCACCCUUGAGUUCGUUAGAGCUUAAUCGAAAUCGCAUGAUGAUUAGUAGCGAUUGCUUUUCCAACACUAAUUACCUUAACGAGCAGCAAAAAAUUUUAUUUGGCAGUAUUUGCGACAAUGAAAACUUCUUGAAUAAAAAUAUCGAUACUGAUAAUGGCAACGAGAGUAACAUGACUAAGAGAUGGGCUAACAAGAAACAGGAGAAGCUCUGUUUGGAUUUCAGCAAGCUGAAUAGCAAAAGUGACACCACUUUAUUGAAGGCCAAAGUAAGUGAAACGAAACCGUGCAAAAGCCCCAAAUUCGAAUUAGAUAAGGUAUCGCCAAUGUCAAUAGACUCCACCCCUCUCAGUAGCAGCGUGACCACUCCCAGCAGAUCGACCAUUAAUUUUGACAGGCCCGAAAUCGACACCUGCGAAACGGCGACCGCCACAGAUUUCGACGCGGAUUUUGACACGCAGGGCUUCAGCUUUGAAUUUGUGAAACAGGACCAGGCGAUAUACUUUGAAAAUCGUAAAUCCGCCUUCAAUUUACACAACGAGGUGGAAAGUCGCGUGUUAAAGAAGAGCAUUUCGAAUAAGGACGCCAAGGCUGUAUCGACGAACUGCCUAAAGCUCUAUUUACAGCAGAGCAUUCUCUUUCCACUCAGCGCUCAAUUGAAGUUAGUAACAAAUGAGCUGUUAAAAUUUUUCAUCAACGAUCAGCAGUACCUGAAGCAUCUGACCAGUUUGCGAAACUUCUUCUUUUUGUUGGACGGCGAGUUCGGAAGGAAUAUCACAGAAAAUCUCUUUAUAAGACUGUACGACGUAAAUUUCCCGAUUGAUCUCAUUAACGUCCAUACGCUAACGGUCUUGGUGUACAAGGCGCUCGACUACUCGACAAAGCUGCAAAAUAACUCUCAGUUUUUAUCAUUUCGCAUUAACGCAUUGCCCCAAGUGUUCGAUUUGGGUGAUCCGGACGUGUUCGAUUGCAUCUCGUUAACGUACAAGACCUCUUGGCCUCUCAACAUCCUUUUACCUUCCGACACCAUUGCGAAGUAUGAUGAAGUUUUUAAGUUCCUAUUGAAAUUGCAUCGAAUUUCUUGGGUUUUACAAAAUGUAUUUCAGGACUUGAAAACGCUGCUGAAGGAAACUGAAUCAAGAAAUUUGGUUCUCAUGACGUCGCCCCAAUACAGAAAACUACAUCAGUGCAGGCACAUUAUGACACACUUUAUCCAAACUUUGCAAAAUUACAUUCUCGGCGAAGUCCUUUUCAGUAGUUGGGAAAUCUUCGAAAACCAUCUUCAGUCCGUUACAAAUAUAGAUCAACUGUACGCGUUGCAUACAAGCUAUAUUAAAAAUAUUCAUUUUAUGUGCCUUCUCAAACAGAAAUCGGCCCCGAUUCAGAAGGUACUGCACAAAAUAUUUAUUGUGAUAUUAAAGUUUUACGAUUAUCUCCGUUCGCGAUCUUGGAUAUCCGUGAAAGGGGUUUUUAUGCAUCCGAACUUUAAGAAAUUGGAAGAUAUAUUUCUUAAUUUUCAAGAGUUGGUGUUAUAUUUCUUUAAGAUUGGAGAUAAAGUUGUUAGAUGUGGUUACCAACCUCAUUUAUUGCAGUUAUUAAAUAUGUUAAAUAUUAAUCAUUAUUAUAACAAAGUUCAAUAAUGUUUGAGAUAGCCCAUUACAGUACAGUUAUUGUUAGUUUAAAAUCAUUUCCAAUAAACA